AUGUGUGGUACCAGAACCGCUCCUACUCCUGCUGCUGCUCCAUCCACGCCCACUACUCGCCAGGGAUUCAUCAUUGAAAUUGCUGUGGGGGCCGCAGCGCUGCUGCUGCUGGGUGCCCUUGGCCUCUACCUCUGGUUCCGCUGCUCCUCCAGAGGCAAGUCCGAGGCUCCUCCCAUCCCAAGCCAGAUUCUCAUGUGUCGGCGCUACUCUCUCGACCAAGUCAAGAAGGCAACAGGGGGAUGGGCCGAGGCGAAUCAUAUCGGGACGGGCGGGUAUGGCGAGGUGUAUAAGGGGGUGUGCCCGUUUGAUGACUCGGUGGUGUGGGCUGUGAAGCGUGCCAAGAUACUCACCAACGACUUCAAGCGAGAGGUGGAGGAAAUGGCAACAAAGAGCCAUCCACACUUGGUGCGGCUGCUGGGGUACUGUGUGGACAUGGAUAUGACAACAGAGCACCACGAGCAGAUUGUUAUUUAUGAGUUCUGCGCCAAUGGGGACCUCGAGAAGUAUCUACAUGGAGGUGCUCGGGAGCAGCAGCGCAUGGAUGUGCUGGUGGGGUGGCACCACCAUCCGAGGGUGUCGGAGUUUGGGCUGGUGCGUAUGAAGGAGUCACAUCUGCCAUUAUUCCUCCUCUUUUCCACCUCCCCACCCCCCACCAGCCAAAGCUACGGUGUGCUGCUACUGGAGGUGAUAACGCUGAAGCCAGUCAUCCUAUCGAUCAACGGCGGGCAGUUCAACAUCAAGGACUGGGUUCGGCCAUUCAUGGAGGAGAGCAAGGUAGCAGCAUUCAAGGACCCCCUCCUUCCAGAAGCUUCCGACGAUCUCAUUCUCACUCUCGCCAAGAUCGGCCUGCAGUGCACCGCCCUCCCGGCCUCCUCUCGACCCAGCAUGUCUGAAAUUUCCCGCCAGCUCGACACCCUUAGAAAGGACUACUUUCGGAGGAGCAGCAUGGACGGCGACGGCCCAGAUUCUGCUGACGUGGACCAACGACUGGCUAAGAUUGACCAGGAGCUUGACAGGCGGGCGGAAUCGGGAUUGUCGAUCCAAGCAGAGUUUGUUCGGCUGAAUAUUAUGUCGGAAAGCGGGGAGUAUAUUAAGGAGACGGAGAUUUCUGCUGCUACUGGUGGUUACUCCAAUCGUUCUUCAGGAGUGAUGCUGCUGCAGUCUCAGGAGAUUUCCCAGGAGUUCUGUCAGGAGAUUCCCAGUGGCAGGUGA